AAAAAUUGAGUGACAACGGUUCUAUAUUUAAAGCAACUUUGUUAUACGAAUUAUGACCACAGAUUUGUUCUUGCUUACAACGCUAAACAACUAGACAACACGGAAGUUUGGCUUAAUUUUCAUGUUAAUACAAACUUAAAAGUUUACUUUAAAUUUAUAUUACACAUUUGUAUCAUAAUAUUUAUCAUCAUCUAUAUAUACAGAAGUGUUUGCUGUUUAACUUUGUUGUGUGAUAAGAUUAAAUAAAGUUACGAAAAUGAAUACUUUGGCAUUGUUGUGCCUUAUUUCUGCUGUUUUAACACUUGACAUAAACCGUGCUGUUUUAACACGUGACAUAAAUCGUGUUGUUUUAACACGUGACAUAAACCGUGCUGCUCUUGAGCAGUUAAGUAAUCUUGUACAACAGUAUGAAAAUUCCAUGAAAGAAAAAUCAUUUAAAAAAACAUUAUCAGGUAGUUUUUCUUCUCCUUUUCUUAUACCUGAACACAAAGUUAAAUGUGCAACAAGCUGUCGUGAUACGAGCUAUGAGUGUGAAUUCCUUAGCGACAACCAUCUUCAAAAACUUGGUUGUAGUGAAACUUUCAUCCAGUGUUUUCCACAAUGUUUUUUUGUGCAACUGAAAUCAGAAAGUGAAAAAACUAAAACGUGUCAAAGCAAAUGUCAAUUCAAUUUUGACCAAUGCAUUUUAUUUGGAACAAAAAUUGAACAAUUCGUAUGCUUUAAUUCUCGUAAAACAUGCAAUGCAUUGUGUUCCGAUAAAGUAGUUACAUCUAAACGAGGUUGUCCAGAAGAUUGUGCAGGUCAACAUGAAUUAUGCACUAAUCAGGCAAUUACACCGCUAGAACAUUAUCGUUGUAAUUUAAUUGAAGCUAAAUGCAAAUCAACUUGUUAGUUGUUAUAUAAAUUAUAUUAUAUCUUAGAAUUGUUAUACAAAUGAACUAAUACGGUAACUUCAAGAAUAUCAUUCAACAAAAGAAUGUUCAUGUUAUAAAUGGACAAAUUUUUACCCUAUUGUUAUUAUCCUAUAAUAUUGUUUUGAUUAAAUGGUAUUUUACUUUUUUA